CGCGUGGUUGCCAGCCUCCCCCGCCCCCUUUCCCUCUGGGUUUGCUCCUCGCUCCGGCUCGCAUUUUAUCGCAGGCGGCCGGCGCAGCCCCUCUCCCCAGCCCAGCCCCGGCCCGGCCCGGCCCCCGCCCUCCCCGCUCCGCCGGGCUCCGCGCCGCUCCGCGCCCCGCCGCGGGGCCAUGCUGCCCCGCUGCCUCCCCGCCCCGAGCGGCGCCGCCGCCGCCCGCGCAGCCUGAGCGCCCGCGGCGGCUCCGCGGCGGCUCCGCGCCGCCCGCCCGCGCCCGGCGCUGCGACGGGGCCGGCGCAGAGGCGGCUCCGAGAAGCGGCGCCCCCGGCGCGCCGCCCCGCUCCGCGGCUCUGCGCGCCCCGUCCGCCCCCGGCCAUGGGCAAGGGGCUGGAGGGCACGGCGGCCCGCUGCGGGCUGGGCCUGGGAUACCUGCUGCAGACCGUGGUGCUCCCCGCCCUGGCCGUCCUGGGGGCCAGCCGCCCCGGCUCCGCGGCGCAAGAUGAUGAUUUUUUUCAUGAACUUCCGGAAACUUUUCCAUCGGAUCCUCCAGAGCCAUUGCCUCACUUCCUCAUUGAGCCCGAAGAAGCUUACAUUGUGAAGAACAAGCCCGUGAAUCUGUACUGCAAAGCGAGCCCUGCCACGCAGAUCUACUUCAAAUGCAACAGCGAAUGGGUCCAUCAGAAGGACCAUGUGGUGGAUGAGAGAGUAGAUGAAACCUCUGGUCUGAUCGUCCGAGAGGUCAGCAUUGAGAUUUCCCGCCAGCAGGUCGAGGAGCUCUUCGGGCCCGAAGAUUACUGGUGCCAGUGCGUCGCCUGGAGCUCUGCCGGCACCACCAAGAGCCGCAAAGCCUACGUUCGCAUCGCCUAUCUCCGGAAGACUUUCGAGCAGGAGCCCUUGGGGAAAGAAGUAUCCCUGGAGCAAGAAGUCCUGCUCCAGUGCCGUCCCCCUGAAGGCAUCCCAGUAGCCGAGGUGGAGUGGCUGAAGAACGAGGAGGUGAUCGAUCCUGUGGAAGACCGAAAUUUUUACAUCACCAUUGAUCACAACCUGAUCAUCAAGCAAGCCCGUCUCUCUGACACAGCCAACUACACCUGUGUCGCCAAAAACAUCGUGGCCAAAAGGAAAAGCACUACAGCGACUGUGAUCGUCUAUGUGAAUGGAGGCUGGUCGACCUGGACUGAGUGGUCAGUGUGUAACAGCCGAUGUGGGAGAGGCUUUCAGAAGCGUACGAGGACCUGCACCAAUCCUGCACCGCUCAAUGGCGGCGCCUUCUGCGAAGGCCAAAGUGUUCAGAAAAUAGCUUGCACCACUCUAUGUCCAGUGGAUGGGAAAUGGACGUCCUGGAGCAAGUGGUCCACGUGCGGCACGGAGUGCACCCACUGGCGCCGGCGGGAGUGCACGGCCCCGGCGCCCAAGAACGGCGGCAAGGACUGCGAGGGGCUCGUGCUGCAGUCCAAGAACUGCACGGACGGGCUCUGCAUGCAAAGUUUCAUUUAUCCUAUUUCAACUGAACAGAGAACCCAGAAUGAAUAUGGAUUUUCUUCUGCUCCCGACUCGGAUGAUGUUGCUCUCUAUGUUGGCAUCGUGAUAGCUGUGAUCGUGUGCCUGGCUAUUUCCGUGAUUGUGGCCCUGUUUGUCUAUCGCAAGAACCACCGUGACUUUGAGUCAGAUAUUAUCGACUCCUCUGCGCUAAAUGGUGGCUUUCAGCCUGUCAACAUCAAGGCCGCAAGACAAGACCUCCUCGCAGUGCCACCAGACCUCACUUCUGCUGCAGCCAUGUACAGGGGUCCUGUUUACGCCUUGCACGAUGUCUCUGAUAAAAUCCCAAUGACCAAUUCUCCGAUCCUGGAUCCACUGCCCAACCUGAAAAUCAAGGUCUAUAAUACCUCUGGCACAGUUACCCCCCAGGAUGAACUCUCUGACUUCUCCUCCAAGCUGUCCCCACAGAUUACCCAGUCCCUGCUGGAGAAUGAGGCCCUGAACGUGAAGAACCAGAGCCUUGCUCGACAAACAGACCCAUCUUGCACUGCAUUUGGGACCUUCAACUCCUUAGGGGGCCACUUAAUAAUUCCCAAUUCAGGAGUAAGCUUGCUGAUCCCAGCAGGGGCCGUUCCCCAAGGGAGAGUCUAUGAAAUGUAUGUGACAGUUCACAGGAAGGAGAACAUGAGGCCACCCGUAGAAGACAGCCAAACCCUUCUGACCCCCGUGGUGAGCUGCGGGCCGCCAGGAGCCCUGCUAACCCGGCCGGUCAUUUUAACCAUGCACCACUGCGCGGAGCCCAAUACAGAGGACUGGCAGAUCCAGCUGAAGCACCAAGCAGCCCAGGGGCCGUGGGAGGAUGUGGUGGUAGUCGGGGAGGAAAACUUCACCACUCCGUGCUACAUCCAGCUGGACCCAGAGGCCUGCCAUAUCCUGACAGAAACCCUCAGCACAUAUGCCUUGGUGGGACAGUCGAUCACCAAAGCAGCUGCAAAACGUCUCAAACUGGCCAUCUUUGGACCGCUGUCCUGCUCGUCGCUGGAGUACAGCAUCCGGGUCUACUGCCUCGAUGACACUCAGGAUGCCCUUAAGGAAGUGCUACAGCUUGAGCGGCAGAUGGGCGGGCAGUUAUUGGAAGAGCCCAAAGCUUUGCAUUUCAAGGGAAGCACCCACAACCUCCGCUUGUCCAUUCAUGACAUUGCCCACUCUCUCUGGAAGAGCAAAUUGCUGGCCAAGUACCAGGAGAUUCCCUUUUACCACAUCUGGAGUGGGUGUCAGAGGAACCUACAUUGCACCUUCACGCUGGAAAGGUUCAGCCUAAAUACCCUGGAGCUGGUGUGUAAACUCUGUGUACGGCAGGUUGAAGGAGAAGGGCAGAUCUUUCAGCUCAACUGCUCAGUGUCAGAGGAACCUACUGGCAUCGACUAUCCUCUCAUGGAUUCAGCAGGCACCGUCACCACGAUCGUAGGGCCCAGCGCUUUCAGCAUCCCCCUGCCAAUCCGGCAGAAGCUCUGCAGCAGCCUCGACGCUCCCCAGACCAGGGGCCAUGACUGGAGGAUGCUGGCCCACAAGCUGAAACUGGACAGGUAUUUAAAUUAUUUUGCUACAAAAUCGAGUCCCACUGGGGUGAUCCUGGAUCUCUGGGAAGCCCAGAAUUUCCCUGAUGGCAACCUGAGCAUGCUGGCAGCAGUGCUUGAAGAAAUGGGAAGACACGAAACCGUUGUUUCUUUGGCAGCAGAAGGAAAUUACUGAUGUAGCCUUGGCGUGAUCAGGAAGGACAGACACAGGGAGUGGUAAUGCCCUGUUGCUACACACGAGAAUUGAAGAGAAAACCCAGACCAAUGAGUUACACAAGAGACAUUUCAGAGAAGAAAGCAAGCAAACAAAAAAACCACAGCCCUGACCUUCACACUUGUUCUCCUUGUACAUUAUCACAGGAUCUAAAAGAAAUCAUGCAAAGUUGUACCUUGAAAAUAUAAAUCAACCUGAUGUUCCUCUCGGCUUGGCUGUACACUGCUUGGUACAGGAUUUUACAGUUUCCUAGGAAACGCUUUUUAUUGCUAUCCAGAUAUAUGGAUAAACUUUCUUAACAAUCCCAGUUUCUAUGGAUGUUGUUUACAUCAUAUUCUGGACAGGGGUAAGGAGACUGUCCAUGGCUCUUUAUAUUUUUUGUUUAAAGCCAUUCUAGACAAAGCUAUGGACAGUUGGUUGUGGCUAUUUCAGAUUAUUGGUUUCUGGUGAGUUCAGACUUUGGCUACAAUUCUGCACAUCGAGUGUCUCGCAAUGAUCCUCCUGUCAUUAUUCUGUUUCCUAGACCUACUUGUAAAAAAAAAAACCCCAGAGUUGCAGAGGUGUGCAUCUGGAAAGCAGGUACUCUGGGUGCUAAGCAGGAACAAACAUAAUGUUCCCGUCCUUCCCUGAGGGAGUCCCAUUGAGCCUGUGUGGAAAAUAGCUGUAGGACAGUGGGAAACAUAGGAUGGGAGUUAGUUUUCCGUUCAUAGCAUAACGCCCUUUCCACCCCUUUGUGAUAUGGGGGGAGGGGAGGGGCUGGAUAUGCAAUUCAGAGUGGUUGGGGAAAAAAGAAAUCCAGAAAAAAAUAAGAGAUUUUCCUAUGAUAAUUAUUUACUGAUUAGUAUCUAGUGCAAGGAUUAUAAUGAAUAUUAUUAUUAUUACCAUUCUUACUUUAUUUCUAAUUUUGUCAGCAGCGGGAUGAAUCAUUCCCAUUUUGAUAGAACCUGUUGUCCCCAUCCUGAAGGUCUUUUAGGACAUUUCCCACUGUGUUGUCUGUCCUUCCCUUCUCCAGCCAUUGUACGCAUCCUCCAGAGUCCUCUGCUAGCCCACAAGGGUUGCUCACAUCAUAGCAGUAGAGUUGCUGUGCUUUAUGCCAGCUACAAAGCCAGUUCAAACUGGUGAAGCUCCACAGAAAUCACUGAUGCACACCAGCAAAGGAUCUAACCCAGCAUGUCUCCCUGCGGCAAGCCGUGGUGUGUUGCGACACCCCCGGUUUGCCAUUGCUCUCAGAAGCAAUCCUACCCCAAGGUGACCGUGAAGGCUGGGGCGACCCCAUCCCGUGCUGUGAUCCUGCCUCCCAGUCCAGAUGCACGUAGCCUGUCGUUUGGGAAGCAGAUGUGCAAGCAUGUGGGGGCACUGACAUUGAGCACCUGAUCCAUGCAUCCAAGGUGAGCCUCCAGAGACCUUGCUUUAUUUUUGAGAGAUUUGAGAGCCAGCAGCUCCCAUUAGCUUCAGAUGGAGCUGGAGGCACUCACUCCUGCUAAAAACCACCUCUUUGCUUAGUGGCUGUGAUAGUCUAGGCUACUGGGCGUGAGGAGUGCUCCUUUCUGUCAUUUCUGGGCAUGAGUCGCUCGCCGGAUCUCUGUGGCUUUGCCGGAGCUGCGGCCAGGGAAGUCUCUGCUGCGUGCCCAGUGCCGCGCGGUGGAGGCCGAGCUCUGUGCAUUGCAGCGCUUUGCUUUCGCUAUACCCCCAGCUCCUGGUUUGUCGCGGUAGCUCUUGCACAGGGCGUUGCAGCUCCCCGUGAGUUGGACAUAUUUGUUUCCGUGCCACAUCCCUCUUGGCCUCUGCAAACGCAUGAAGUGGGACCUUGGCAAAUGGAGCUAACUUGUUUUUUCAGUUGUCACUGCAAACAUAUUUCAUAUUCUGCUCAGUGAAAAGACUGACCCUUUAGUAGAACACAGAGCCUAGUAUUUCAGUAGUUUUAAUUCCAGUUUUGCUCGUCCUUUACUUCUGCUGCAGAGAGCACUGCCUUCCCCAGCCCAUUCGUGCCAGGUUUGGAGGCAUCCCCUGGUUUUUGCUGUUGUACCCACAUGCGGGCAUUGCCCGCACGUGUAUUCACCCGUCACAUUCUUCUCAAGACAGGAGUUGUUUGGGGUUUUUUUUGUUGUUGUUGUUGUUUUUUGUGGUUUGUUUUUUUCCUAAGGCUUUCAAGUCUGCACCUUUAAAUGUAACUUUGAAAAUGUCAUUGGUCAAAAUGAAAGGAAAAUUUCAUCCUACCUUUUUCCCAUUUGACAUUUCCAUAGGCUUGGGACUUUUUUUUCUAAUUCUGAGCUCCCUGACACCGGUGGUGUUUUCAUUAAAGGCUGGGCAGUGCUCGCAAGCACCCCCUUUCUCAUAAGCAGUAACCUGGCAAUCUACAAAGGAUCAGACCAGGCUUCCCAUCAAAUCCAGGGAGCAGCAUGCACAGAUCUUGGUUUUCAACAUCUGUCUGUAUUUUGGCUCCAUAAUCACCAUCUCUGGAGAAUGCGAAGUCCUUCUAAGGACUCAGUCAUCCAGCCAGGGUGUCCUUUUCAUGAACCACCUUCUUACUUCUUUUAACCUUAAGCAGCUGAUCCAGAGCUCUGCCGCAUGAAUGGGAAUCUUGCUUCCAUCUUCAGGAGGCUUUGACUCGGCUGCCAGCUCAUCCCUUUCCCUACAGUUUUACCCUGCUCGUCCUCAGAGCUCUAAAACAUCUCUUGAAGGACGGCUCUCCACUUUUCUCCCUUGUGUAAACUUGUGGUAUAACCAGUUAUACCUAGCUUGUUCUUCACCGGCUUUUGGCACCUUCCCCUCGUGGGCCCCGUCUUUGGUCUCUGACAUCCAGACUGGCUUGGGCUCUCGGCUGGGGGCUCUCGCUGGGUGGGCACCGUGCGUCACCUCGAGCCUGUGCUCCCUUUGCCAGCUCCCUGUGCUCCCCCCUCCCACCCCGAGGCCCCCUUCAAGAAAAAUAGAUGAAUAACUUUCUUAAGACUUUCUGGGACAGAAAAAGAACAUUUUCCUUUUGCAGCUUCACUGUAAAAGGGAUAUAUUAUGAGGCAAGGGCUUGCGCUAACUUAGAGGAGCGUCCGCAGCGGUGGAUGGCAAUAAGCGCUGUUGCCUCUCUCGGCACAGGCACAGAAUGCGGGGGGAGAAAGGGCAGCAAGAUUUGCUCAAAAUACCAUUUUUGGUGGAGAAAGCUAGCAGCAGCCCUGCUCUCCCGAUUGCUUGUACACACUGCCAUCUCGUGGGGCAGAGCUCGAACUUAAACACCGAGACCUGUGACUUCAUUUAAGCCUGAGAAAAGUUGUCUUAGAAAAGACUUUUCCAUGAGGCGGCUCUUUAAAAUGGCAAAUAAUAUUGGCAGACAGAACCGGCUCUUAAGAAUCGUUGUAACAUUUUAUGUCAGGUAAGCAAAUUUGUUUUAAAGAAAUGACUGCAGGCUUCUUAUCCUCCAGUUAUUAUUAUUUUUUAAAAUGCUUAACCUUUUAGUUGUCCACCUUUGGUUAUGUGCUCUAGCAGCUUUGCUGCCCAUCACACCACCUUUUCAUUACAUGUUGAUUGCUAGUGAUAUAAAUAAUAUAUAUAUUAUAUAAAUAUAUAUAAAAUAUCUACUGACUUCAAGGAAAAUCUUUAAUUUCUGAUUUAGGAUCACUGUUGGAGGCAGUCCUUUUCACCUGGUUUUGUUAAGUUCUUUUGUGUUGUGUUCUUGUAAAGGUGGCUGUCACUGUAUAGGGUAAGUCUAUUUUUUUGUUAAGUUUUCUGAUCACAGCUGAUCCACUGUAUCAUGCUGAACAGUGCAAGACCUAAGUGCUGUUUUAAUGACUCUUGAAAGUUUUGAGGCAGUUAGGGUCUCUUGAGUCAAGAUUUGCUUCCACGGGAGACCGAGGCUUUUUCCAUAGCCCUGGCAGAAAUGCAGACACUCAUGAGACAUGUUGGAGUCUGGGAUGCGCACAGAGCAAAACAUGUCUGUUACUUGGGUUUCUUGCUAUUUCUGUUGCUUACAUAUAGAAUAAAUGUAUUUACAUGCUGUAAGCCCGUCAUUGUGGACAGUGUCCUGAUGUCUUGUAUUGCUACCUAAAAUAGUUUCUUUUCAGUUCUCCUUUUCUUUUUCUUUUCAUUUCUUGGGGUUGGGGGGGGGGGAGGCAUGGGGCAGGGAGGGAUGGGGACCGUUAGACCGUUGUAUCUUCUAGCCAAGUAGUUCCCACAGCACCGAAGUUUAUUUUAAACAAGGUGAUACCAGUGAGGUUUUUCUUUUUUUUUGAUCUCGUGUUCGGGGCACUUUGUAAUGUAUCUUAGUGCGUGUUAAAAAGUCUUUUCGGGCAUUACUCGGACCCUCGUCUGGCCCCGGAGUGACUAGUUGCGUGCAGGCUAGCUUAGCUGCUAUCAGCCAGGGAGAAGAGGCAAGGGGGCGGCUUAUGAACUAACACCGAACCUUUGGCCCGUCUCCCGCAAGGACUCCGAGGAGGCAUUGGCUUCAGGGGCAUCACUGCCAUCCCUUCCUAGCUUGUGUGUGAAACCUGGAGUUUAGAAAAUGCUCUGCAUUGCAGAUUUUUACAUGCUGAAGCAUGUAACGCUGACAUCCUUUGAACGGGAUUCUUACAGAAAUGCAAAGUGUGUGUGUGUGUGUGUGUGUGUGUGUGUGUGUGUACAUAUAUAUAUAUGUAUUUACACACACACACACACAUAUAUACACACACACAGAGUUAAAACUAGAGGACACCUACUGCUGGAGGCUUUUAGCUCUGAUGUUAGUUGUGGGUGUCCUCCAUCACUCUCAUGACCAGCUUCUGCUUGGGAAGAUGAAGGUCAAAAUUCAGCGCUGUAUCAUCCCUGCAAGGUCGGCUAGGCAGUACUGCGAGACCCAACAGUGUAAAAAUUGGCGAGGAAGUAGGGUUGGACUCGAACCAAAGCCGCAGAACUGAGCCCUCAAGUUUGGUAGGUCGAGCUCCUCUCUUGAAAGACGAUCGCUUAGUUUAUUUGCUUACUUGUCCUUUAAGCUUGGCACCUGUUCCCUGAAAUCUGAAAAUCCCUUUAUCUGAAAGUCCUUUGAUAAGCUCUGCCUGUAUAAAAAAAAGCAAUGAUAAUUCAGAGUUCCCACUAACCUCUGUCACUGAAUGGGUACUUCGCAUUUUCUGUGACGCUGGUUAAAUGUAUUUAAUGGUGGUCCAGUCUCCGCAACUGUUUACGAAGACAUUAAUUGCUGCGUGCACUGUAUGCUGGGCCUGACCUUCUCUCCAAGAGCAUCCCGUCAUCUUGGCAUCGAGGUGGCUUCUUGGCUGUCUUUUAAGAAGCAGGCUGUCACAUUCGCAUUCAGGCAGAAGCGGGGUGGGUCCCUGCCUCUCGCCAGCUGUGGGCUUGCAGCUGGGUGCGACAGCAGCCCGUGGAUGAGCAAAGCUCGCGCUGCGGCAGGAGCUGCUCUGGCUGGUUCCAGCUGGCUGAUGCUACAGCUUGCCAGCAAAUUUGGGAGAUCAGAAAGUGAGAAUAAAAAGGAAAAUCAGUCUGGAAAGUAAACAAAAUUAGAGAGAGUGGGAAGCAGAACACUGCUCUCCCACAGUUCUUGUAAAUCACCUUGCAAAAACACCCCUUCCCAACUGUGAGUAAUUAACCUACUUUUUUGAAGUAGAGUAUAUUAAGAGAGAGAAGUUAUGGCAUUACGUGGCAUUACCAUUUUGGCACAUCUGUGUGGCUGACUUUUUUUGCUAAUCUAUGUUCUGUCUGUUAAUAUUGAAGAGUUAAAAACAAAACAAAAAAACCCAUGCGAAGGUCAUACACUUGAUACCUUUCCAAAGCAUAGAAGGAGGCCCCACAACGAAGGAAAGGUCCGCGUGCCCCAGGCUGAGAAGGUUUCUCUGCGGCGCUGUGUCCAGUGGCUGUGUCGCAGCCGCGCUACGGCAGCGCUGCGCGGGUUCCUGGGAGCUGUUUUCUUUGCGAUUCGGACAUGGAGAACUAUUUUGUUUGGGUUUUUUGAUUUCCCUAUUGCUGUAUCUUCUAUGCAAUUCCUUUUCUAAAGACUUACUGCUGGAGAAGUGCUAGCCAUUGCAUUAUUUGUAUCGCUGUACGGUGGAGGUGUGGUUUACUAGUUCUGAGUGUGCCUCUUACCCCCUCCCUUUUUCUCCUUCCCUCUGUUUGUAAAUGCCUGCAUUUAUUCUGUCAGCCUGACAUGUACAAAGUGUAAGAAAGAAUUUUUAAACAGGUAAUAAAUUAUAUUUAUAAGCAA